UCCCACCCUUUCGAAGUCAAAAUCUAUUAUUUGCAGCGCUCUUCCAUCGCACCUGCUCCGCUCACUUGCCCGCCCGUUGAUCGCCCGAUCGCCAAAAUGGGUCACGGAAGCUCGCGAGCCGACGCGUCCGACGACUCCUCCGGCGAUGGCCACGCUCGCCACCAUCAUUCCCGCUUCUCCCGCUUCCGGCGGCGCUUCCGGACCAACCGACACGACCACGGCUCCGACCCCCCGCUCGUCAAGAACCUCGCCGCCGACGAUUUCGCAGGGAUCGCCCGCAUCGAGAUCAUCAGCGCGGAGAUGCAGUUCAAGGAUCGGUGGUUCGCCUGCUUGUCGUUGGGAGAGCGUACGUACCGCACGGAGACCUCAGAUCACACUGAGAAGCCCAUCUGGAGAUCAGAAAAGAAACUUGUGUUGGAAAGAGAUGGACCGACUAUUGCUCGUAUAUCAGUAAUUGAGACAAAUAGGUUAUCCAAGAAUAAUCUCGUUGGAUACUGUGAAAUCAAUCUCUUGGAAGUGCUAAGUCAAGAAUCAGAGAACAACAUUGAAGAACUUAGCCUCUUAGACCCAUCUUCAUCAAGUACAACAGUGGGUAGUAUAUCUAUUUUGUGUUAUGUUGAGGAUCCAAUUGAAACAGAAAAAUUCUUCGCACGUCGUAUCUUAUCUGUUGUGGAUUUGAACGGAGAUGGCAAACUAUCAUAUUCUGAAUUUGCCGAAUUGAUCAAUGCAUUUGGCAAUCAAGUGGCUGCUAUCAAGACGGAAGAUCUUUUCAAGCAAGCAGACAAGAAUGGUGAUGGUGUAGUUGACUUGGAUGAGUUAGCAACACUGAUAGCUGUUCAACAAGAAAAUGAACCACUGAUCAAUAACUGCCCUGUAUGUGGUGAGAGUCUUGGAAGGCUUGACAAGUUGAAUGAUAUGAUCCAUAUGACAUUAUGCUUUGAUGAGGGAACUGGAAAUCAGGUUAUGACUGGUGGAUUUCUAACAGAUAAGGAAGCAUCUUAUGGGUGGAUAUUCAAACUUAGUGAGUGGGCCCAUGUUUCAUCAUAUGACAUUGGUCUGCGUUCUGGAUCCAGUGCCUCACAUAUUUUGGUUGUUGAUCGAAGAACAAAGGGAUUGGUUGAAGAAAUAAUAGAUGGAAAGAUAGUUCUGUCCAUGAGAGCAAUAUAUCAAUCAAAAGUAGGCUUGACACUUAUAAAUACAGGAGUUAAGGACCUCUUACAAAACAUCUCAGAGAAGCAGGGGAAGCGGAUGAAUUCACAUGAAUCUGCCAAAGACAUACGAAAGUUCAUUGAAUUCUUUAAAGGUCAACUUAAAAUGGAUGAGGCCAAGUAUCCAAUUGAAUAUUUCAAGACCUUUAACGAGUUCUUUAUACGAGAGUUGAAGCCUGGUGCAAGACCAAUCGCUUACCCUGAACGUGAUGACAUUGCUAUCUGUGCAGCUGAUUGCCGCCUGAUGGCUUUUAAUUCUGCUAAUGAGAGUUUAAGGUUUUGGAUUAAGGGCCGAAAGUUCUCUAUUCAAGGCCUUCUAGGGAAGGAUACAUGCUCUAGUGCCUUUGUUGAUGGAUCUUUAGUAAUUUUUCGACUGGCUCCACAGGAUUACCAUCGUUUCCAUGUUCCUGUCUCUGGUACAAUCGAAAGUUUUGUUGAUAUUCCAGGAUAUUUAUAUACAGUGAACCCAAUUGCUGUAAACAGUAAGUACUGUAAUGUUUUCACCGAGAACAAACGAGUUGUAUCUAUCAUCUCAACCUCAGAAUUUGGGAAGGUGGCAUUUGUUGCAAUUGGAGCUACAAUGGUAGGAAGCAUUACCUUUACAAAGAAUGAGGGUGACUAUGUCCAUAAAGGAGAUGAGUUUGGGUAUUUUUCAUUUGGUGGAAGCACUGUGAUAUGUGUCUUCGAAAAGGACGCCAUUCAGAUAGACGAGGACCUUCUUUCAAACAGUGAAAGAUCACUCGAGACUCUAGUUUCUGUAGGUAUGAGAUUAGGCAUCUCCAAAAGGUCCGGAAGAAUAGAUGAACUGCCAAAUAUGGAAACAUGCAAGUUAGAAGCAUGAUGGUGCUGCGUACGCUGCGGAAGACUACAAUGUUGUGUUUGACAUUGCUUCUCUUUAACAUACUUGAUUUUUAAAACAAGUGUAUGAAAAUAAUUACAUGUUUGUUAAUAUGUUUCAUUGCAAAAAAUUACAUUAACUUCAAAAAUAUGAUUCUAAAAGUAAUCUUUUCACAAAUGUCAAUGGUAAUAUUAUGAUAUGUAAUUUCGAUU